AUGCCAAACAUCUCUAGUUUUGGAGACAUUUUCAGUGGAGGAGGGAGUCUCUUCUUCAACAAUUCAUCGUCCAAGAAUUAUUGGCCAACCUAUGAACAUACUUUCGGAAUCGCCAUUCAAUCAUUUGAUCCACCCUCUCCUCUAUCGGAUUAUUGUAUUCGUCUCUCUGUUGGAGACUUGGUCAUUAUUAGGGGAGAAUUUGAGGGAUGGUACAAGGGAGAACGAUUUCCCUCAACAACAUCCAUACUUUCCACAGUUUCAUCAAAUUCUCCUCAAGGAUUUAAAUCUAAAGCAUCGGGAAUGAAAAAGUUUUUGCAGUCCUCGGGAGAUUCAGAUCAACACUUGUCCAUUCUAACAACAAAUGCAUUAACAGGAGGAGCUCUAACAAGUAGUAACAAUUCGAGUGGUGGUGUUGGUGGUGGGUUGGGAUCACCUCCCGCAUCUCCAACCGCAAUAGGAAUGUCAAUGGAAUCAACAACGAACUCUCUCUCAACCACUCACCAUUCAAGAGCAUCCAGGAAAUUUUCUGAAAACGAAAGUAUGGAAAAAGUCAUUGUAUCAUCGAAAGGCUUUUUUCCAGCAACACACAUUAUACGAUUUGAUGGUAGCCCUAAUAAUCCAUUCUCUUUGAAUUAUCAACUUGCCACUGGAGUGAGCGAGCAAAAUCAAAAUCGCAACAGCUCACAUGAAGGUUCAUCCAAUAAUAAUGGCUCUCAACAACAAAUGGCUGUCAUUUCUGCCAAUAAUUCUAAUGUCCCAGGAAAUCUUCCUCUAGUUUUACUCUCUCCAAGAAAAUCUAAUGCUUCAGAUAUGAAAUUUGGAACUUUUCCAAAUAAUGACGACCAAGGAGGAUCUUGCGGAACUUUUCCAAAUAAUGACGACCAAGGAGGAUCUUGCAUGUCACAGCCAACCUUGAAUUCAAAUGUUCUUGAAAAUCCACCAAUUACAAUCUCCUCGUCGUCUAAUUCAUCUCUACCACCCGUGGAUCAUAGUGGAGAAAUCAGUAAUAACUCUCCAAACGAGCAAAACGAUUUUAUCACUACCGCACCAGUUUCUGCAUCACCCGCUCUUUCGAGUAUCAUUGGAUCAGUAACCACAUCCAACACUGGUGUCAUCAAUCCUCAAUCUUCUCUAAAAAACAACACGUUUAGCAUCUCUGAUAACAGCAUUCUAGGCUCAUCUCCAUCAUUGGAGAUAAAAAAAACCAAUACUAAUCAAGGAACUUCCAGCUCUCAAACCCCAAUCAGUGCGAAUAGGACAAAAUCUUUUCGUAGAGGCGUUCUCAAUAGCUUUCAUGCCACGAAACAAAAAAUUGAGCACAUGAUAAAUAAGCCAGAAGGAAAAAAGAAUAUGACACCAAACAGUGAAAAAAGGCAGAGCAUUAUAAACGAGUCACAAAAAUCAAAAAGGACAAGUUUGAACCUUUCUGGCAUGAAUUUGUCAAACAUUUUCAGUAACAGCCGUGAUGAAUUUGCAGUGAAUCAGCGAGCAAUAUCUUUCUCAGAUACCUUCUUUACAGACCAUGAAAAGAUGCUCUCUCCAUCUGCCGCAAAAUCUCACGAAAGAAAAAGAAGUCAAAGUAUUUCUGCGAAUACUGCCUUUCUUACUUCUUCCAAAAACACAAAUGCAAUCAUUUCAACAGCUCUUACGGCGAUUGGUAAUGUAUAUCCAGAACAAAUCUAUGCUCAAUCUAGCUAUCUCGGAGGAACAGUAGAAAUAUUUCCAAACGUUGCGCAACAUUUUCAGAGAGAAAUAAUUCCAUUCUUGGAAUUGGAUUGGUUUGCACCAUUUUUAAAUAUACCAAUUUGCAAAACAAUUAUUGAGACAGUUUUUGAUUGGAAUAUGAAACACUUUAAAUCUUUAACAACACAUGAGGAUAAUCGAGAAAGACUGAUGAGAGUUUUUGAAAUUGAGUGCAAAAUGAUUAAUUCAAUGAUUGAUUAUUAUUCUUAUCAGCACCGUAAUGAUAGUGAAAACUACAAGCCAAGAAUGAAAGAAAUUCUAAAAAACCAAGCUUACUUAUUAGAGGAAGGAGCAUCCUUAUUUAAUGAAGACAUCACAAUCAAGAAAAAUGGAGAACUCCUGACGCCCAUGAAUACUUUAUUAUUUGAUUUGUAUCAAAUGUAUUGGGAGGUUAUAGAUAAGGAAAAGAGUCAAAUUACUGGAUCGUUGAAAUUACAAAGUUCUUUCGACAGAUUGCCUGAAGGUAACUUUCAACUCUUGAUGGAAAUUUCUGGGUGUUCUUACUUUGACAGGGUUGAAUGGAGGUUUUGUCUGUAUGACAUUGGAUCAAAGUCCAUUAUGUCUGAAGAUCUAGUCAUUGUCACUUCAAGAAAGAAUGAAUAUAGGGUGAGCGUGACCUCACCUGAAAAUAAUUUGGAUGAGUCACAAGAUGACAUUAUUCAGCAAGAGGAGGAUGAUCCUACCGAAAUGAGACGUCAAGAUAUUUAUGCAGUAUUCAAAGAUGUCUCGAAGUUGUAUUUGGAAGGAGAACAGCUGGUGGUUCUUGUUAGAGCAUACAGACUCGAAAAAAUUAAGGUGGACCCACCGAUUAACCACAAGCAUACCUUAGAUUGCCGAGUUCCUUUGGCAAUUGCUCUCUCUCCAAAAUUAUCACGUUCAGUGGUCACAGAACUCGCCAAUGAUGGCUACCUGAGAUGCGAGUUGAAUUUCUUUAAUUUUAAAAGUAAUGACAGCCUCGAAAUGAUACUGGAUGACAUUCUCAACGACAAGCAAGAUUUGGAACGAGAUGCGCUUGUGGGUGUUGAGCUUUCACUAAGCAUGGUUACAGGUGAUUAUCACAAAGCUUUUAAACAGUACCCCCAAUUAACUCAUCUACCACUUGUACCAAUGACUCGAUUUAGUAGCUCCAUUCUUUCUGAUGACAUUCGGAACGAUAUUUACAUUUCUCUACAUUCUUUGCUUAAUAAGAGCAUUGAUACCCUCUACGUCGAAGCUAAGAUGUACAUAAAAGACAAAGAGGGUCACACCAUCCAGUGUGACAUUAAUCGAAAGCAAAGAGUGUACAGAUCUCCCAUUUUAAGAAUGAAAAAUCCAACAUGGGAUGAGAUCAUUCUUGUGAAUGUAAACUCGCAUCAGUUACAGUCCGCUAUCAUUAUUUUUGACUUUUACACUGUUAAUAGCAAGAAGAAUAACUAUGAAGUGACACAUAAGUUUUUUGCAUAUUUACCAAUUGAUGACGCAACGCGAACACUCACCUUGGGAGUGGAAACCUAUAUUGAACCUCUCACAUGUUACAAAAUUUCUAAGGGCUACACAUUCCAAGAUUUUAUGAAUAAUGAAUCAAUAAGGACUAAAUUUGCGAAAAAGUCCAGGCUGACCAUUUCCUUGAACGUGGUUUCCACCUCUAUUGCUAUCAACCCUAACUUAAGAGAUUUCUUAAAGUGGGAUUCCAUGGAUGAAACAAAUAUUCAGUCCGUCAUCAAGGAUAUCGACUUUAAAACGGUAGAUACAGCAAUAUGUUUUAGGGAAAUUGUGAGCUCUCUAUUUGGUAUUGCAAACAAAUAUGGAAAGGCAAGAAACAACAUAGAUUUUGUCGAAAGUCAGCUCUUGCAAAAAGUAUUUGAGAAGAUUUGUACUAUAGUGUCAACGUUAUCAGAAGAUUCAGAAAGAUUUAACUCCGUUAUUGACGAUUACAGCAAAUCAUUUCCAUAUCAUACCAGCCAUAGAUUUAUUCUUCAUUAUUUGAGCAAGUAUUUUGACUUGUUUAAAGCUGAAGAUAUGACUAUUGGAACCAAGGAAAAGCUUGUUAGAGCUCUAGUAUCGUUUGUGUUCUUUGUGAAAAUUAUUGAGAAAUCUCUUUCCUCUUUCAAGACAAAGUUACCCGAUUUGUAUCAAGAAGAACUCACUUUUGUACAGAACGAGAUCACCAUAAUUUAUUCUAAACUCAAUCUGUUAGCUCAAAAAUCAGAUGCAACACAUUCCACCUUUAAAAACAUCAAAUCUGCCUUUUUUGACUCGCUCAAUCCCAGCUACUAUGACACAUUGUUAUCACUUUUUGAUGAAGUGACGAUUAGCAGACAAAUUGAAUCAUUCAUGAUCUCUCUACCUGAAGAAGAAGUUCAUAGAAAAUUAGCUCAUAUUGACAUUGUAGUUUCAUCCAAUGUUUUUGAGAUGCGUGCUGUAAAUUCAUACCUUUUACCAAAAUUUGUGGACAUUUUGGAAAACUUUGGUGAAUGUUUUUUAGAAAACAAAUCUAUCUCCAUUAUGAACAAGCUCAUCCAAUAUUUAAAAAAGCAACUCUCUCCCAACAAACCUAAAUUAACUCCAGGCAUGACCAAAUCAUGUUCUACUGACUCUCUAGAAGAACGAAGAGGUUUAGUAUUAUCAAUUGAAGACGCAGAAGGUCUUGCGAUCGAUGAAAAUGAUGUCUGCACCUAUUGUGUUUCUUGUUUGAAAGAGUUAUUAGGUCUUGUUGGAUUGUUAAAGGAGGCAUUUGAGACAUCACUCGAAAGAACGGAGGAAUUGGAAGCAGAAUAUGCUGCCGCUCGAGAACGAAUCGAACAAGAAGGUACACUCAGCAUCAACAACUCUCAAAAUGUUAACCAAUCGUCAAGACAAACUGCCUCCAAUGUCAUGAGCAAAUACGAAUCAGAUAUUAAUCAAUCUAAGCGUGUCAGUUGUGACGUUGUCAUUACAAUUGUUAACUUUUUGGAUGUGUUAACGUACAAAGAUGUGUUGGAUUGUUUACUGUCAAUGUUAUCUGAAUAUUCCUCAUGUGCUGAACUCGAUACUAUUGAACUCAUCUUGGAUCUCAUUUCAAUGUUGCUCUCAAAGAAGAAUCCGCUUCCAAAAAAUUGGACUCAGAUGAAUAUUUAUCAAUACGGAACGAUUUCAACUAUUAUUCUAAUGAACGCAAUGAAGGUGAAAAAAUAUAUGGUUUUACUUGAAGGACCAUCAAUUACAUCAGUUAGUACUUUCUCUGGAAAUUUCUCAAGAGAAGCAAUUAUCCUCAACAAACCUAUCGUAGAUGUCAAUGUCAACAGAAUUACGAAAGUGUCUCAAUUACUCAUCAAAUAUUUAUUCGAUACAGUCUUCUCAUUUGAGCCAGAAAAGAUGAGAACAUUUGAUAGAAAUCAAUUUUUAAGCCAAAAUGAUCAAAGAGCCAAAAUUUUAACCGUCUUUUAUGAGGAUAUUUGGUCUUUUUGUCCUUUGCAGUUACAAGAAAGUUGCUUGUUAGAACUCAUUGACAAAUCGAUCAGAUUAUUCAAAAUUAAUAUUUCGGAGGUCAUUGAGGUCGCCAAAAAUUUAUUCUUUGACCUACUUAAGAUUGAAUACGAAAGUAGACAUUCAGUUUCGCUCUGUGAGGCUGGCUCAGAGAGAUUUUUCAGCGAAGUGACAGGUCUUGAAGGUGUAAGACACAAGUUCAUUAAUUGUAUUGAAUCCAAGUUGCACAAAUACAAGCGAUUGUCACAAGAAUUGUCAUCGAGCAUAGAUGAGCAGGCAAAUGAUCAAUUCCCUGUACAUGUCGAACAACUUCUCAAUUCUCUACAUCACUUGCUCAGCCAAAUUCGUGAGAUUGAAGCAGCAAGUACAAACGACCCAAAUACCAUGAACUUCCAAUCCCAAGAGAAAUCUUUCAAGAAUGCUCUCAAGUCAUUUAAAAAGAACAACAACAUGCAGCUCUAUUUCAAAUAUCUUCAUUUGUUGGCAAGUAUGCAAAAGAGUAGAAAGCGAUACAUUGAAGCUGGGUUGGCUAUUUAUGUGCAUGCCUCCAAGCUCGAUAUCAAUAGCCAGAAUGAGUUACCAUACUUUUCUGAUUUUUAUCCAGAAGAAGUCGAAAGUAAGAGAAAGAUCAAACUCUAUAUGGAGAUUAUUGAUCUCUUCGAGAAAGGUAAAGAUUGGGAAAGAGCUAUCAAGCUUCAUGAAGAGUUAAGAGAACACUACAAGAAAAAUAUGAAUUAUCUUGAGCUAUCGACUAUUCAUUUAGAGGAGGGAAAGCUCUACAAGAAAAUUGUUUCCUCUAUUCGAGAGUACAACAAGUAUUAUUUUGUUGGCUUUUAUGGAAAGGCGCUUUCAAAUACCAACUAUAUUUUCAAUGCUCAUCAUCAAAAAUUGGCCGAUUUUGUGAAUUUUAUCAAAAUGAAAUUUAAGGGAGCUGUCAUUAAGAGAGAGAUACCUACCUCUUUCGAUGAAACCAAAUUCAGAACGAGUGAGCAACAAGUCAUAUUUUUGGCCCCUCUUGAACCUUCAUGUAUGAACGAAAUGGAAUCAUACUCAUCAGAGAAACACUUUGAGAAGAGUUGCUUCCAAUUGCUCGAUUCAAAAGUCUCUCCAAAAAUUCAACAAUAUCACAAGAGUCACAAUGUCAAUGUUUUCAAGCGUAUUAAAGUCAAAAGAGAAGAAAAGAAGGAGGAUAAUCAUCAUGCGACCACUGAAUCAAGUUUAACAAGCACCACUCUCCAACAACCUUCAGAAGCAAAAACGUGUACCAUCAACUUGGAAGAUGCCGAUGGAAUUAUCUCCUUUUUCACAAUCAAACAUCCAUUCCCAAACAUGUAUACCAUUCAAGAAGUUCUCGAAAAGAAGGUCAUCAAAUUGAACACUUUGGAAGUGGCCAUCUAUUAUAUUGAACAAAAGAUUCACUUCCUUCAAGAACUUGUCAUUAGUCACAAACUGAAUGAGAGUAAUUUAUUAACUGCCUCACUAGAUUCUGAACUUACUGGACUUAUCGAUCCAAGAAUUCACGGUGGCAUUUAUGUUGAAGUUGAAAAAUACUUGUCACCAAGUGCAUUAGAAACUCUCUACGAAGAAAACAAGUAUCUUGUUGCCAUUUACAAACAACGGUUGUCACAACUUGCAUAUCUACUGAAGGAAGGUCUUGUUCAGAGACGAAAACAUGUCAGCAAACAAAAUCUUCAAAUGAGCGUCUAUCUCGAAAAGAAAUUCAAAAACGAUCUCAUUCCGUUACUAGAACGCUACAACAUUCGAAUUCCUUGA